AUGCCUACUAUCGAUACAAAACCACGUUAUCGUCCAUUUCAUCGAGUACUUUAUCGUGAAGAUUCAAAAGAUUCAACGUUUACACAAAAUGUAUCACCACAAAUUGAUGGACAUCUGAUAACAAAAUUAAAGAAAAAAUGUAAUUGUCAAAUCAUAGGAAAUAAUCAUAAAAUAAAACCUGUUGAAAAUAUUAAAUAUGUUAAACGUAUUCGAAAUGAGUUCAUGGCACAUUAUUUAUUUGUUAUGCAACAAUAUAUUACUCCAAAUUUGAGUACUCUUUCUCAUUGUGAAAAUUACAUUUUACCGUAA